AUGCGGUCGAUGGUGACCCUUCCGACUGAGCUGAUCGUGGAGAUCGCCGAAAACUUGAGUGGUGACCUCAAGAACUUCAGCUUGACAAGUCAUCGACUUCGUCAUGCUAUCAGUCACAUCCUUUUUCGCACACUCAACAUUGCCUGCCCCCUGGUAUCGGGCAUGCUGCUAGAGCACGUGCUCGUCAAAUACAGGCACGCCAUUUCGAGGAUUCACCUGCACAUCCGCCUCCGACCGAAUUUACCCGAAGACGACAUCGAUGAAUACGACAUCAACGGAAUGCCCUCUAUCUGGGGCACAGAACGAAGCUACACCCUACUCCAGCUGGUCCGCGGGGAGAUCUUCUCUCACAUCGAUUCCUUCAGCGUACAUUUCGAUCCAUCACAAUUUGACCUCGAAGGUUGUUGGUUCGGAGAUGGCGGUACCUGGGGCGGCGGCGGCGGCGAAAGCAUCUCUGUCUUUCAAGAUUACGAAGAUGAUGAAGCCUGGGAAGGCGAUGAAGGCACGAACGGCGACGGAAUGAUGCUCAACUUUGAAAGGUUGUACAUCUGGCGUGCGCAGUACAACCAGGUGUUCGAAGCCCUCGUCAUGAACCUCAAUAUCACGAAACUCCGCUUCGUUAACCUGCUUCCAAAGCGCGCCUCAAUCUGGUAUUCUGAUGACUGGGUCAACAUGUUGCAAAGACUUACACAUUUCGACGUCGGUAUUUUCGGAGCCGAAAGUGCUGGAUGGCACGGCAAUACGACAGAUGGCUUCAUAGACUUUAUCAACGAGUUUCUUAACUUCAUCGCGUUCUACCUGACAAACGUCAAGCAUUUGAGACUUGAAGCAAGCCCUCUGAGUGUUUUCGGGACGGAUACCUACAUCACCGGCUGGCAUGACCCGUUUCCUCUUCACGGUCCUGCUUCAGCCCUUCACUCCCUCGAACUGAAGAACAUCGUCCUCGGUAACGACGUCAUGGACUACCUUCGGGACCAGGGUGGCACCCUUCGCGAGCUGACGCUUCACAAUUGCAUGUGCUACAGUUGCAAACUGGGUCCAGAACCUCGGUGGUCACAUAUUUGGGACACCGUCUCAAAGUACUGCAAAGUACUGCGAAGACUUAACUUCCUUCAGGAUGAGGAACCUCCUCUCGGCAGUUUCAGGAUCGCGAACAGAAUGGCGAGGAAGAAGAAGGAUCUGAUUGUGUGGAGAUAUGCCGACAUUGACCCAGAGCGGGGAACUGUCCUUGAGGAUGGGGAUGCUAAUGUUGGAGAAGUCAUAACGGGUUGUGCUUUUGAGGAGUACUGUGACUUGCAGGAGACGUUGGCGAGACGCAGAAAGAACUCUAUCGACGAGUAG